GCCGCCUGACUGAUACCGGCAAGGAAACAGGGCUGCCCUGGGCUUGUUCCUGUCUGCUCCGCAGGGCCCUGGAUGUCACAGACCAGCACUCUUUGGACCCCCGAGGUCUGCACUCAGGGUCCAGGGACAACUGCCACCUCCAGACAGCCUGGUGGGCACCUUCCCCACCUAGGGCAUGGACACCCAUGAUGAUGUCCCUCCAGCCAAAGUUCUGGCUCCAGUGACUGUGAACUGUGGGAGUGUUCCUCGGACUAGUGCUGGGCUCCGAGUGCCCCCACCUGGAAGCAUCGACUCUAGUCUUCUCGCUUAUGGUGAAGCCUCUCUGCAGCCAGUGUCAAGUGUCCCGCUAAGUGGUGAGAAGCCAUCACAGCUCUUGAGUGGACACAAAGACCAGGGAAGCCGCACGUUGGAUGCUCCUUUGAAAGGCUGGCAGGCCAGGAAUGGCUACUCCAGGAACCUUGGCGCUCUGCCCUUGGGGCCCCACCCUGUGGUAGCUAUCCCCUCCUUGGAAUCAGAGGCCAGCAGUGUGGCCCGGGACACUAUCCAGAUUAAGGACAAGCUCAAGAAGAGGCGGCUUUCAGAAGGCAUGACAGCAUCUUCUCAAGUCUCUCUGGAUCCUGGGGGAGGCCCCAAAGGAGUUCCUCUGAGGAGUACCAUCCCCCGUACCACCUCACAGAGGCUUCUGAGGGUGGCCAGGCCAAUGCCUCCCAUCCAGAGCAUCCCCACCACCCCUGAGGCCAACGGUACCAAGGAGAAGGACCUGGACCCUCCUGGGAGCAGACAGCAUCUCCAGGACUCAGGAGCCAAUGGCCGGGGGGUACAGAUUUCCAGGCAAUACCUGCAUUGCCACGAUGAGAAGAUGCACAGGUCUCUAGGAGGCAUCGUGAUCCCGCCCAUUCCAAAGGCCCGGCCGCCCACAGGGACCUCUUCCUGCAUGCCCAGCUCCCUGCCCAGCCCCCUGGGUCCAGGCCAAGAUGUGCUUCCGGGACCAAGGGCCGCACAUACUCGGUUGACUUGCGAGAAUGGGUCUCUGGAGAAGACUCCUUCCUCUCUGGAGCCAAAGCCUUUGGUCCCAGGGGUCAAAGCCAAGUCUGUUGAAGACCCCUCUAAGUCCCUGGCUUCGUCACAGUCUGCCUCCACUCCGACAAUGUUCUCCUCUAGUGAUGCCAAAGAAGCCCACUUCCUGGUGAGCGGAGAAGACCAGAAGGAGUCCAGCGCCAAGGUCCAAUUCACCAUUUCUAAGUCGGCCCAGGAAAAGAUGCGGCUGAAGCACAUGAAGGAGAUGGAGCUACUUCGGAGGACAAAGGAGCCAGAACGGGAGCAGGAACUGGCUUCCCAGGGCUUGGGCACAUGGAGAACUUCAGCAAAGGAAGGCCUCCUUCCUUUGCGGGGCAGUGGAACCAUGUCUGUGCCCACUGGACUGAGCAGCCCACGCAGAAAUAAUGUCGGAGUCCUCUUGAGGAAGCGGGCCAACCGAGCUUCCCUGCCCAGCAUCCCUGUCAGCAAGCAGGAGCCUAGCUUUGCCCGCCAUGCAUCAGCUAACUCGCUACCCGCCGUGCUUACCCUGGGCUCUCCUGAAUGGGAGCAAGAGGAGGAGGAAGUGGACCUUCGAGCCUUCAGGGAGUUGAGGCCCUUCUCGAACCCAGAGCUGGAGCUGACAGAUGCCCUCCAGAGCCUCAACAGCAAUGACUGGCAAAUGAAGGAGAAGGGCCUGGCGAGCAUCCAGCGCCUGGCAGCUUGUCACUCGGAGGUCCUCGGUACCCGGCUGCACGACGUGUCCUUGGCAGUGACGGCAGAGGUCACCAACCUCCGCUCCAAGGUAUCUCGCCUGGCCAUCAGCACCCUGGGAGACCUCUUCCGGUCUUUGAAGAAGAGCAUGGACCAGGAAGCCGAGGAGAUUGCCCGGUGCCUUCUGCAGAAGAUGGGAAACACCAGCGAGUUCAUCCAGCGGGCAGCCAACCGAGCUUUGGGUGCCAUGGUGGAAAAUGUGACCCCUGCCCGUGCACUGGUGGCUCUCACAUCUGCGGGCGUCUACCAUCGGAACCCCUUAGUCCGGAAAUGUACCGCCAAGCAUCUCUCUGCUGUCCUGGAGCAGAUCGGUGCGGAGAAGCUGCUCUCAGGCUCCAGAGACAACACAGACAUGCUGGUGCACAACCUGGUGAGGCUGGCACAGGACUCUAACCAAGACACCAGGUUUUAUGGUCGGAAGAUGGUGAAUAUCUUGAUGGCAAAUGCAAAGUUUGAUGCAUUUCUGAAGCAGUCUCUCCCGUCUCAUGACCUCCGGAAAGUCAUGGCGGCCAUCAGACAGCGGGGAAUACAAGACAAUCAUGAACUUCCAUCUGCCAAAGGCCGCAAGGUGUUGAAGAGUUUGGUGGUGUGUGAGAACGGAUUGCCUACUCAGGAGGGUGGUGUGGAGAUGGCAGAGCAGCUACGGGAGCUGACCAGGCUGCUGGAGGCCAAGGAGUUCCUGGCUCGGAUGGAAGGCAUCGGGAAGCUCCUUGAAUACUGCAAGGCCAAGCCAGAGCUCAUUGCUGCCAACCUCGUCCAGGUCUUUGAUGCUUUUACUCCAAGGCUUCAGGAUCCCAACAAGAAAGUGGGCCAGUGGGCCCUGGAGUCCCUUGCGCAGAUGGUUCCGCUCUUGAAAGACAGCAUACAUCCCAUGCUGCUCUCAGUCAUCACUGCGGUCACAGACAACCUCAACACUAAGAACUCCGGGAUUUCCACGGCUGCCUCCACUGUGCUGGAUGCCAUGAUUGACAGCCUGGAUCACCUUUGCCUCCUGCAAGCCUUCGCCGGUCGUGUGCGUUUCCUGAGCGGGCCUGCAGUGCUGGAGGUCACAGAACGCCUCUCGGUGCUGGUGGCCUCAGUGUACCCCCGAAAGCCUCAGGCCGUGGAGCGGCACAUCCUUCCUGUUCUCUGGUACUUCCUGAACAAGAUGAGUGGCAACGGUGUGCUGCCGGGACGUGGUGGGAACGUCCGCACGGUGGUGUGCAGGCUGGCUGGAAGCCUCCAGGAGCAAAUGGGGUCCCGCCUGCAGGACUUCGCUGCCAAUCAGCCCCAACAUGUCCUCAAGAUGCUCCAGGGACUUGUAGACUCUGACUCUCUGGGUGGCAAUGACAAGGUUGCCAGUGGAGGAACGCCCCCUGACAGCAGAUGACUAGAACCACUGCCCACAGCAGCCGGGUUAGAGAUGGGUCUGAAGUGGGAAAUUAUCAUUUUUUUACCUUAUUUUAUUUUUAUGAUCGAGUCACCUCAUGGCCUACUCUCCUCAUUAG